AUGGCUGGCAUCGAUGAUAACGUUGCUAUAAUUGGAGAUUGGGUGCCUCCAAGUACAAGCCCAAGAGCCUUCUUCUCUUCAAUGUUAGUUGAUGACAUAGGCUCAAGAUCAAUGUUGGAACCUCCCAGCAGUAAUAAAACUGCGGAGUUCUUUUUGGGGUCUCAAGAAGGAGAUACCAAUGGAAAAAAUUUGUCACAAGGCAAUGCUUCUGGUGAGGAACUAAAUGAAGUGGGUUCAUUUUCGGAGUACAAGUCAAACUCACGAGGAGGGCUUGUGGAAAGGAUUGCAGCCAGAGCUGGGUUUAAUGCUCCGCGGCUGAAUACAGAAAGCAUUAGAUCUUCUGACCUUUCACUUAAUUCCGACAUUCGGUCCCCUUAUCUGACAAUACCUCCUGGUCUCAGUCCAACCAUACUGCUAGACUCUCCUGUUUUCCUUUCAAAUUCAUUGGCACAGCCAUCUCCAACAACUGGAAAAUUUCCAUUUGUCACAAAUGGUCAUAGCAGGAGUUCCACAUUAAUGACAGAGGGCCCUGAUAAAACUAAUUUCUUUGAGGACAUAAAUACUUCAUUCGCUUUCAAGCCUAUUGCAGAAUCAGGCUCCUUCUUUCUUGGUCCAACUAGCAAAAUGGGUUCAACUGGUUUUCCACAGCAAUCUUUUCCCAACAUCGAGGUGUCAGUCCAGUCAGAAAAUUCUUCUCAAAGUAUAGAACCAACCAAAGUUCAAAACCAGAAUACAAACAAUCUUCAGCUCCAGGCAGACUUCUCUCGCACAUCUACUGAAAAAGAUAAUGGAGCUAACUCAGCAGAUCCAAGGGCUUUUGAUACUGUUGGUGGCAGUACUGAGCAUUCUCCACCCCUUGAUGAGCAACCAGAUGAAGAAGGAGAUCAAAGAGGUAGUGGAGAUUCCAUGGCUGCUGCUGCUGGUGGUACACCAUCCGAAGAUGUAUAUAAUUGGAGAAAAUAUGGACAGAAACAAGUAAAAGGUAGUGAGUAUCCACGAAGUUAUUACAAGUGCACGCAUCCAAAUUGUCAGGUUAAGAAAAAGGUUGAACGAUCUCAUGAGGGUCAUAUAACAGAGAUCAUCUACAAAGGGGCCCAUAACCACCCUAAACCUCCUCCCAAUCGUCGAUCAGCCGCCAUUGGAUCAUCUAACCCACUUAAUGACAUGCGACCAGACAUCCCUGAACAAGGUGGACCACAGAGUGGUGCUGAUGGUGAUUUAGUUUGGGCAAGUACACAAAAGGCAAAUGUUGGAGCUCCUGAUUGGAAGCAUGAAAACCUUGAGGUGACUUCAUCAGCAUCUGUGGGCCCUGACUACUGCAACCAAUCCUCUUCUAUGCAGGCUCAGAAUGGUACGCACCUUGAAUCAGGUGAUGUGGUGGACGCGUCAUCUACCUUUUCUAAUGAUGAAGAUGAAGAUGAUCGAGGGACACAUGGCAGUGUUUCAUUGGCUUAUGAUGGUGAAGGAGAUGAAUCAGAGUCGAAAAGAAGGAAAAUUGAAGCCUAUGCAACAGAAAUGAGUGGAGCUACCAGAGCCAUUCGUGAGCCUAGAGUCGUGGUCCAGACAACCAGUGAAGUAGAUAUCCUUGAUGAUGGAUAUCGUUGGCGCAAGUAUGGGCAGAAGGUUGUGAAAGGCAAUCCAAAUCCAAGGAGUUACUACAAGUGCACCAAUGCUGGCUGCACAGUGAGGAAGCAUGUGGAAAGAGCAUCCCAUGACCUUAAGUCAGUGAUCACCACAUAUGAGGGAAAGCACAAUCAUGAUGUUCCUGCUGCUCGAAAUAGCAGCCAUGUCAACUCUGGCCCGUCCAACACCAUGUCUGGCCAAGCUUCCUCUGCUGGCAUUCAAACCCAUCCGCAUAGACCAGAGCCAUCACAAGUUCACAACAGCAUGGCAAGAUUUGAAAGGCCUUCAUCACUGGGUUCAUUCAGCCUACCUGGAAGGCAGCAGCUGGGGCCAUCCCAUGGCUUCUCUUUCGGAAUGAACCAACCCGGGCUGGCCAAUCUGGCAAUGGCUGGGUUGGGUCCAGGCCAACCCAAACUCCCUGUUAUGCCUGUUCAUCAUCCAUACUUUGCACAACAGCGCCAGGUCAAUGAAAUGGGCUUCAUGUUACCAAAAGGAGAACCAAAAGUGGAGCCUAUGUCAGAAUCUGGUCUAAACAUGUCCAAUGGUUCAUCAGUAUACCAACAGCUAAUGAGUAGGCUUCCUCUUGGACCACAGAUGUAG